AUGGAUAAUCCAUUGGGCAACCGAAACUUAUCAAAUACUUACUUAUAACAAUAAAAUUACAAACUAAUAUAGCGUUUAGGAAUGGGUGCUUUUGGAGAGAUUUAUCUUGCUUAAAAUAAACAGAAAGAAGAAUUUGCUAUCAAAUUAGAAAGAACUAAUUGUUAAUAUCCACAAAUUCUAUAUGAAUCCAAAGUUUAUGCAUUCCUUCAUUAAGAUACAUAACAAUUAGAUAAAGGUAUUUAUUAAAUAUUAUUUUUUAAGGUAUUCCAAAAGUAUUUGGAGCAGCAACUGAAGGAGAUUAUAAUUAUUUAGUUAUGGAGCUAUUAGGAUAAUCAAUAGAAGAUUUGUUUGCUUAAUGUCAUCGUAAAUUAUCUAUUAAAACAGUAAUAUCAAUAUUAAUUAAGGUAUGUAUGCUUGCAGAACAAAUGGUUUCAAGACUUGAAUUCAUGCAUUCAAGAUCCUUCAUACAUCGUGAUGUUAAACCUGAUAAUUUCCUAAUGGGAUAUGGCAAAAAAUAAUCUAAACUAUAUGUAGUAGAUAUGGGUUUAGCUAAAAGAUAUUUAACAAAAGAUGGUCACAUUCCAUUUAAAGAAAAUAAACCACUUACAGGAACUGCUCGUUAUGCAAGUAUUAAUACUCAUUUGGGAUAUGAAUAAAGUAGAAGAGAUGAUCUAGAAGGCUUGGCUUAUGUUCUUGUUUAUUUAGCCAAAGGUACUCUACCCUGGAUGAAUCUUGCAUGCAAUAAUAAAAAUGAUAAAUAUGUAUUAAUAAAAGAAAAGAAAAUUAAAACUACUACUGAACAACUCUGCUAAGGUUUACCUGAUGAAAUGACUUUGUACUUAAAUUAUGUUAAGAAAUUAAAGUUCGAAGAAAAACCAGAUUAUAAUUAUUUGAGAAAUCUCUUCAAAUAAGUAUUACAUAAAUAAAAUCUUUAAUUGGAUUAUAUAUAUGAUUGGACAAAACCAGAAAAAAAGAAAUAAGAUAAUGAUUAAGUAGAUGCCAUUCGAAAAAUUAAAGAUGAAAUUGCUAAUAAAGAUUUAGAUCCUAAAUUAAAAUAAAUCCCUUAAUAACCUAUUAAAGCUUAAUCUAUUAUUGCACCUAAAAAUUAACAAAUUAAUUCUCCAAAAGUCAAUCAAAAAGUAUAACAAUAAUAAAUUCGACCUCAAUCUGCUCAAAAACCUGUAGUAGUUCCUAAAAGACCUUAAAUGCAAACACAACAAGCCAAAAAACCACCUGUUGAACCAAGAGUAGCAGCACCAAGAAUUGUAAUUAAUAAAGAACCUUACACUAAAUAUUGA